AUGGCCCGCCGAGACAAGUUGGCGUGUGUCCAUGAGCCUUUUGGCGAUGCAUUCUACUACGGUCCCGAGCGUAUGGGAGAGCGUUUUGAGAAUGAUGCCGACGGAAGGGAAAAGUCUGGCUUCUCUGGAACGACAUACGCCGACGUUUUGAAGCAGAUUGAGGCCGCUGGUAAAGAGGGCAACAAGCGCGUUUUCGUCAAGGAUAUGGCGCAGUACCUGCUACCUCCCAAUGAUGGCAAGGCCGCUAUCGCUCCUUCGGUCGGCUCCGUGCCUGAGCCCGGCAACCCCACCGUGCUGCCGAUCGACACCCUCCGCAAGUUUCAGUGGACGUUCCUCAUCCGGCACCCGCGCCGCUCUAUCCCCUCCUACUACCGGUGCACCGUCCCUCCCCUGGACGAGAUGACCGGUUUCUUCAACUUCAUGCCCAGCGAGGCCGGUUACGAGGAGCUGCGCCGCCUCUUCGACUUCCUCGUCAAGGAGGGUAUCGUCGACCAGAACAACCUCAUGGUCGUUGACGCCGACGACCUGCUCGACAACCCCGAGGGCAUCAUCCGCGCCUACUGCGAGCAUGUCGGCCUCGACUUCACCGACAACAUGCUCAACUGGGGCGAGGAGGACACCAAGAUCGCCCAGGAGAAGUUUGCCAAGUGGACCGGCUUCCACGAGGACGCCCUCGGCAGCACCUCGCUGAAGCCGCGCAACAAGGCCCAUAAAAAGGUCAUCACUCGCGAGUCCGAGGAAGCCGAAUGGAAGCAAAAGUUCGGCGACAAGGGUCUCGAGGAGAUCCGCGAGUGCGUCGACGCCAACGUCAAGGAUUACGAAUAUCUCAAGAAGUUUGCUAUCCGCGUCUAA